AACGUGGUAGCAGAACGCUACAAAUUCAGGUCGAGAGCACAGAAGGUAGACGAGUCGUUCGACGCGUACCUGACGAGCCUUCGAGAGCUGGUAAAAUCCUGCGACUUUGGCACUUUGGAAGAGGAGAUGAUACGGGACCAAAUUGUCGAGAAGUGCUCUUCCCAAACCUUAAAGCAGAAACUGCUCCAGCAAGAAGACCUUGACCUAGCAAAAACUGUGAGAAUUGCGCGGAAUGCAGAAACGGCCGUGCAAGAAGCGCGAUUGCUGUCUCAAGGCACCAGAGAAUACCCGAUCCAGAUCGACCACGUGCAUGCUUCUCGCGGAUCACAAGCAAAAAUUUUCAGCUGCUACAGAUGUGGUGGAAAAGACGGACAUGCACCUGACGAAUGUGGCACGAUCAAGUCCAGGUGUAACAAGUGCAAAAAAGUCGGACACUUGCAGAGGGUUUGCCGUUCAAAGUCAAAAACUGA